AUGAAUUCAUCACUAUUAAAAGGUGUUUUCAAGAGAGAAUUGGGUGAAGGACGAUAUCGACGACUGAAAGAGAAAGAUGACAUUUCAGCUAAUAAAGCUGCUGACAUAUUGUCCAAUCCAUUGACAUCAUCUAGAAGAAAUGAACAAAAGUGUGAUGUUGCGGGGGAUGAUGCAAAUCAGGAAGCUUAUGUAACAUUUUCGGUACGGAUAAGGUUGAAGAAAGGGCAUAAUUUGGUAAUUCGAGAUGCUUCAGGAAGCAGUGAUCCAUACGUCAAAUUUAAAUAUAAAGAUCGAACUUAUUAUAAAAGUUCAACAAUUUACAAGAAUUUGAAUCCAAUUUGGGAAGAAGAAUUCACGCUGUUAAUAGAUGAUCCCACUACACCAAUUUAUAUGGACGUAUAUGAUUAUGAUCGUUGGGCAACUGACGAUUAUAUGGGUGGCGCUAUCAUUGACCUCAGUCAAUUAAGACUUUUUCAGAUGACAAUGAUGAAAUUAAAAUUACGGGAAGAAGACAAUAAUGAAGAAGAUAUGGGUGAAAUUGACAUCGUAAUCACAAUUUCUCCUCUAACUCCCAGUGAAAAAGAUGAGUUCUUAAAAAAAGCAACGCGUGGAAUAAUCUGUGAACGACCAACAAAGACGCCUCAAAAAAUGACACAAGUUUGGUCAUCAAUUGCAAACAUUGUUUUGAUCGAAGGGCGAAAUUUAGUAAUGUCAGAUGGCUCAGAAAACAGCUUUCCAGAUCCGUUCGUAAAAUUUAAACUUGGAAGUGAGAAAUAUAAAAGCAGGGUUAUAAUACGGAACACUAAUCCAAAAUGGUUUGAGCAGUUCGAUCUGCAUUUAUUCGAUGAACCAAAACACAUACUUGAAAUGAUGGUUAUUGAUAAGAAAACGAAUUUGAACAUUGGAAGAUGCAGCUUAGAUUUAGACAAGUUGGAAAAAGAGACUCCGAAUCAGAUGAUUUGUGAACUUGAUCGUGGUACAGGUACCAUUCUUGUUCUUGUAUCAGUAACAGGUACAUCGUCUACCGAUGCGAUCAUUGAUCUAUCUGAUUUUUCCGGUGAUGAUAUAAGGAAUGCUAUCAUCGAGAAAUAUAGUUUACGGAGAACGUAUGAAUCCUUCCGUGAUAUUGGUUUUCUUACUGUGAAAGUAUUUUGUGCUCGAAACUUAGCAUCAAUUGAUACGAUGAGCAAGAGUAAUCCGUUUGUGGUCGUUGAACUGGUGAAUGCAUUGUUGCAGACACAUACGGAAUAUAAAACAAUUAAUCCGGAAUGGAACAAAAUUUUCACAUUUGCAGUAAAAGAUAUUCAUUCCAUACUUGAAAUCACAAUUUAUGAUGAAGAUCCAAAUAAGAAAGCAGAAUUUUUGGGUAAAAUUGCGAUUCCAUUACUACAGAUUCAAAAUUCCAAGCCGAAAUGGUAUGCUCUGAAGGAUCGGAAACUGAGAGCACGAGCUAAGGGUCAAAUAUUGCUGGAAAUGGAUAUCAUUUGGAAUCCGAUUCGUGCAGCAAUCCGUACUUUUACUCCACGAGAGCGGAAAUAUAUACAGACAGACCCAAAAUUUAAACGACGUCUUUUUAUGAACAGUUACGCCAGACUUCGAGAAUUCUUUUUGGUAUUGAUGCAAAUUCGAGAUUAUGUGCAGAGUUGUUUUGACUGGGAUUCACCUAUCCGUUCCCUAUUUGCAUUCGCAAAUGGACAACGGUCAUCGUCAAUUCGUGAACGAUUCAACACUUUACAAGACAUAAUGGCAAAAGUACAAAAUAUGAUGGAUUUUAGCGCAUCACUACUGGAACGAAUCCGAAAGUAA